AUGGCUAUGGUCAGAAAAUUUGAGCGACCGGACCUGUUUGUUACAUUUACCUGUAAUCCUGCCUGGCCAGAAAUUUUAAAGGCCAUAAAUGGUCGGGAAAAACCCGAGAAUAGACCAGAUAUUAUUGUACGAGUUUUCAAGAUGAAGCUGUCAGAGCUUUUGGACGAUCUCAUAAAGAGAAAUAUAUUUGGAAUUGUUACUUCUUACAUAUAUGUUAUUGAAUUUCAAAAGCGGGGCUUGCCUCAUAGCCAUAUUUUACUGACAUUAGACUCUUCCUCCAAAAUUCGUUCAAAAGACGACAUAGAUAGAUUUGUAAGAGCAGAAUUACCUAACGUAAAUAUAAAUCAACGUCUUUUUGAAAUUGUUACAAGAUGUAUGGUCCAUGGCCCCUGUGGUUAUUUAUACCAAAAUUCCCCAUGUAUGAGAGAUGGUAAAUGCUCGAAGCAAUUUCCUAAAGAUUUCAAAGAGGAGACAGAAGAAAAUGUAAAUGGCUAUCCAGUUUACAAAAGACGCUCCACUGAGCCAGUCAAAGUUGGCAAGCAUCACAUUGAUAAUCGUUGGAUUGUUCCAUAUAAUCCUUACCUUAUCAAGAAGUAUAAUGCACAUAUCAAUGUUGAAAUUUGCGCAUCUGUAAAAAGUGUAAAAUAUAUGUAUAAAUAUGUAUAUAAAGGGCACGAUGCAGCUUCAAUCGUGCUGAAAAAUGAUAGCAAUAUAAACCAUGAUGAAGUUUUAAAUUUUUUAGAUGGACGAUAUGUUAGCGCUCCAGAGGCAAUGUGA